AUGCCCACUUUUCGCUCGAACAAGUGCGUCGCGUUCGUAUUGAUAGUGGCCAUUCUUGCAACCUGCCAUGGACUCCCAAGCGCCCAAGACGCUGCCAAGACAACGGGCCAAAUGUCCAAUACAGACCCCAAACUCCCCAGUGGCGGCGUCCCCGCUCGCUUCCUAAGAGGAGGCCACGACGACGACAAGGACGAAGAGAGAGCCAUCAGCAGCAAAAUUGCGUCCAUUUUCAAGAAGAAGCCGUCCAUCUUGACCACCCUCCAAAGACACCCCACCAUCAAAAAUGCUGAUACUAACGCAAUCGUCAAGAGCCUCGAAAGGAACCCGACUAUCAAAAGCCUGACGAAUAACCCAAGCAAGGAGAUCAAGCUCACGCAGGAAAAUAUCAAGAAGGUAGAGACGGUGCUGGCCCAGAACCCAGGAGUUACAACGGAAAACAUGAGGAAAACCAAGAUCGCGCUACUUUUCCUAGCGAUGAUCGGGCUUACAACGAGAGGUAUCGUCGGUUUGGUGAACUACGUCAAGUCGGGCGAUUUUUAA